AUGAGCGCCAUGUUGGCAUCCGGCCAACUCUCGUCGUUCGAGACUUCGAUCAUUCUUCCUUUCAUAUUGCAUUUUUUAUUCUUUUAUUAUGUAUUACGUUUUUUAUUCUUUCUUUCUUGUUGCGUUUUUUUUUUUUUUUCGUUUUUUAUUUUUUUUUUUUAUUUUUUUUUUUCUUAUGUUUUUAUUCAUAUUUAUUUUCUUUUUUUUUUUUUGAUUUUUUUCUUUCUUUUAUUUUUUUAUUCUUUCUUAUUACGUUUUUUAUUCUUUCUUUCUUAUUACAUAUUUUCUUCUUUUUCCUUCUUAUUGAGUUUUUUAUUCUUUCUUAUUGCAUUUUUUAUUCUUUCAUUAUAUAUUACGUUUUUUAUUCUUUCUUUCUUGUUGCUUUUUUUUUCUUUCUUGUUGAUUUUUUUUAUUCUUUCAUUUAUUACGUUUUUAUUCUUUCUUUCUUCUCCGUUUUUUUGCUUUUUCAUUCUUUUUUUAUUCUUUCUUUUUUUUAUUUUUUUCUUUCUUGUUGCGUUUUUAUUCUUUCUUUCUUGUUUUUUCAUUCUUUCUUAUUUUUUUUUAUUCUUUCUUUCUUGCUUUUUUUUUAUGCUUUUUUUUAUUCUUUCUUUCUUGUUGCGUUUUUUUAAUUUUUUUAUUCUUUCUUUCUUGUUGCGUUUUUUAUUCUUUCUUAUUACGUUUUUUAUUCUUUCUUUCUUGUUGCGUUUUUUAUUCUUUCUUAUUACGUUUUUUAUUCUUUCUUUCUUGUUGCGUUUUUUAUUCUUUCUUAUUGUCCGUUUUUUUUAUUUUUCUUUCUUGUCCCUUUUUUUUAUUCUUUCUUAUUACGUUUUUUAUUCUUUCUUUCUUAUAAAACAUUUUCUUCUUUUUUCCUUCUUAUUAAGUUUUUUAUUCUUUCUUAUUGCAUUUUUUAUUCUUCCAUUAUGUAUUACAUUUUUUGUUUUUUCUUUCUUAUUACGUUUUUCAUUUUUCUUAUUAAUUUUUUUAUUCUUUCUUAUUACGUUUUUUAUUCUUUCUUUCUUCUUAAUUUUCUUCUUAAUUUUUCUUAUUACGUUAUUGAUUCUUUCUUGCUUAUUACUUUUCGAUUCUAUCUUUCUGAUUAUACUAUUUUUUCUUAUUACAUUUUUUCUUCUUUUGUUGUUUUUAAUUCAUUCUUUCGUAUUACAUCUUUUAUUCAUUCUUUCUAUCGUAUUACUCUUUCGAUUCAUUCUUUCUUAUGACAUUUUUUAUCCUUUUUUUCUAUCUUUAUUUUACGUUUAUGAUUCAUAUUACAUUUUUCUUUCUCUUUCUAUUAUUACGUUUAUGAUUCAUAUUACAUUUUUCUUCUCUUUCUAUUAUUACGUUUAUGAUUCAUAUUACAUUUUUCUUUCUCUUUCUAUUAUUACGUUUAUGAUUCAUUUUUUCUUAUUACAUUUUUUCUUCUUUCUUUCUCAUUACAUAUUUUAUUCUUUCUUUUAUUUUUUAUUCUUUCUUAUUAAGUUUUUGAUUCUAUCUUUCUUAUACUUUUAUUCUUUCUGUUUUGUCUUGUUAAGUUUUUUAUUCUUUCUUUCUUAUAACGCUUUUGAUGCAUUGUUUUUUAUUACCCUUUUGUUAUUUCAUUGCUUUGUUGUUUUUGAUUCAUUCUUUCUUAUUAUAUCUUUUAUUCAGUUUUUUAUUCUUUCUUUCUUAUUACGGUCUUUAUUCUUUCUUUGUUAUUACCUUUUUCAUUUUGUCUUUCUUAUUCAUUGCUUAUUCUUUCUUUCACUGUUUAUUAUCCUUUGGAUCCUUUUGUUCUUUCUUAUUACGUUUCUUGAUUUUUUUCUUUCUUAUUACAUUUUAUUAUUUCUUUCUUUCUUUCUUUCUUACGUUUUUGAUUCAAUGCUUCUUAUAUUUUUUUUAUUCUUUCUUUCUUUUUACAUUUUUAAUCUUUCUUCCUUAUUACAUUUGUUAUUAUUUCUUAUUACAUUUGUUAUUAUUUUUUCUUUAUUUUUAUGUCUACGCUUCUUUCUUAUUAUGUACCUUUUUUCUUUCUUUCGUAUUCAGUUUUUUAUCUUUUGUUUCUUUUUUAUUACGUUUUGGAUUCUUUCUUUUUAUAACAUUUUUCUUUUUUCUUUCUAUCUUUUUUAUUCCAUUUCUUUUUAUGCAUUUGAUUCUUCUGUAUUUGAAUUUUCUUUCUUUCUUGUUAUAUAUUUGAUUCUUCGUUCUUUCUUUCUUUCUUUAUUUCAUUCUUAUGUAAUUUAUUCUUCAUUCAUUCUAUCUUCUUAUGCUUCUUCUUUCUUUCUUUAUAUGUAUUUAAUUUUUCGCUCUUUCUUGUUAUCCAUAUGA